AUGAAACAAGUAGCAUAUGAAAGUUGCAAAAAAAGUAUUGCGCAACGUCUAGGUUGUCAAAGUCGUUGUCCAGGAUGUGGUGCCAAGUGCAGCAAACCAGAGCCACAUGAAACCGAAACCGUCGAAGGAUGGCGUGAACCGUGCCAAUGCCCACCAGAUAAUUGUAUUUGUAAAACUCCUGAAACUGUUACCAUAGUAACUCAUGAAAGUACGCAUCACAUAGCUCAAGCGUUUUUUGGUCGUAGGUAUCAUAAAUCAAAAACUCCGACACUUGAAUUAUGCUAUCAGCGCUGGACAAAUGGAGGAAUGUGGGUACCCAAAGAUCCUCAGACAUCUAGAUCUAAAAUAGAUGGAAAACGAGAUGAUUUAAAUGAGGACGAAGAUUACACUCUUGUUCACCCAAACGCUAAAUAUUACAGUGAAAGGUAUCCUGCCUGGUAUAAUGAUUUGAAAAGACAGUCAACUGAAGGAAAUGCAUGCAAUGAAACAAUCCCUCCACCAGAUCAGCGGCGUGCUUGGAUGGUGGUUCGUCGUGCUCUUGUUAAGUACUAUUGCACUCGUGGUAUGAUUGAUAGAACAGAUUACGAUCCAAACCUGUAUCCAGCUGGAAUAGUUCCAAUCGACGAAAACUUUAAACCUGGUUGGAAAGACAGAAACUUUGAAUGA